AUGGACUUUGUCGAGCCCCUCAAGAAAAAUGCAGACGCUCUCGUCAUAUCACCACACGACGGAGAGGACGUGGUGGUGGACACCUCGUUAUGGUCGGACAAAGAAGAGAAGGCUGUUCUUCGCCGGACGGACCUGAUGCUUAUGCCCGCCAUCUGGGUCAUGUAUUUGUUUUCCUAUGCGGACCGCACAAAUAUUGGCAAUGCGAAAGUCGCCGGCAUGGCGACAGACCUCCAUCUGUCCUCGAGUCAAUACUCGAUGUCGCUGGUGAUAUUUUUCAUAUCAUAUGUGGUGUUCGAGGUCCCGAGUAACCUCAUCCUCUCCAAGACUCGUCCGUCCAUCUACCUUACCAUCAUGAUGGCGGCCUGGGGCAUCGUGACCUGCUGCAUGGGCACGGUCAAAAGCUAUGGGGGCUUGCUGGCCGUUCGCUUCAUCAUUGGUGUGUUGGAGGCUGCCUACGCCCCUGGUGUCACUCUCCUGCUCUCGACCUGGUACAAGAAGGACGAACAGGCUCAACGCUUCUCCAUCUUCUACUCCGCGGCUGUCCUCUCCGGCGCCUUUGGAGGGAUUGUCAGCGGCGCCAUCACAGGCCAUCUCGAUGGCGCUCGCGGUAUCGCUGGGUGGCGAUGGCUUUUUAUUGUUGAAGGUGCAGCCACAAUAUUCGUUGCCAUUGUCAGCUUUUUCAUCCUCCCCGAUUUCCCAGCAACCACGAAGCGUCUAUCUCCACGCCAGAAACACAUCGCCACGCAACGCCUGUUUGCAGACAACAUCUCAAGCCGCACCGAGGACCAGCCGCUCCUCGGUCACUUCGAAGCGGUGAAAGCUUCACUGCUGGACUGGAGAGUUUGGAUUCUGACCAUGGGAUAUGUGUCCAUCGGAGGAGUCACGACAAUGUCCUACUUUUACCCAACGCUGGUGGCAGGAUUGGGCUACACGUCAACAAUGGCACAAUACAUGAUGGUGCCCAUCUACGGGGCCGCAUUUGUCUUUGUUCUGCUCACCGGCUGGCUCAGUGACAGGUACCCCGGCUACCGCGGCCUGACCAUUGCCGCUUGGUUGACGGUGAGCAUGACCUGCGCCAUCGUGGUGUCGGCCGUUUACAACUACACGGCGCGUUAUGUGAUGCUGGUCUUCAUGGCGUCGGGAGGCCUGUCUGCAAACGCGCUGUCUCUGGCCUAUUGCGCGUCAACGUUCGGCCCGAUGCCCCAGGAAGUUCGAGCCGUCAGUUUGGCUUUUGUCAACACACUGGCAAGCCUGUCCGGGAUCUACGGCGCAUAUCUGUGGCCUGCAGCCGACUCUCCGAAAUACUUGAUGGGGUUCGGCGUCAUCUCUGGCUUGUGUGCUGUGGGUGCUGGGAUCUAUGCUUCUGCACAUUUCCUCAUCCGCAGAUUCCCUCUCUAG